GGGAGGAUGGUGCUCAUCAAAGAGUUCCGGGUCGUUCUGCCUUGCUCCGUGGAGGAGUAUCAGGUGGGGCAGCUGUUCUCCGUGGCGGAGACCAGCAAGAACAACACUGGCGGAGGUGAAGGAAUCGAGGUCCUCAAAAACGAACCCUACGAGCGUGAGGGGGAGCGGGGACAGUACACCCACAAGAUCUACCACCUCCAGAGCAAAGUGCCGGGAUUCAUUAAGAUGUUUGCCCCCGAAGGGUCGCUAGUUGUCCAUGAGAGAGCUUGGAAUGCCUAUCCCUAUUGCCGAACUGUUAUUACGAACGAAUAUAUGAAGGAUGAUUUCUUCAUCAAAAUUGAAACGUGGCACAAACCUGAUCUAGGUGACCAAGACAACGUCCACGGGCUUGAUGCGGAGACCUGGAAAGAUGUUGAGGUAGUCCAUAUAGACAUUGCCGACAGGACGCACGUGUCAGACCAGGAUUACAAACCAGAUGAAGACCCAGCUCUUUUCAAAUCGAUGAAGACCGACAGAGGGCCUCUUGGUCCAGACUGGAAGCGGGAACUAGCAAAUAAUGAAGAUUGCCCUCACAUGUGUGCCUACAAACUUGUGACAGUGAAGUUCCGCUGGUGGGGCCUUCAAGGUCGAGUGGAAAAGUUUAUCCAGAAGCAAGAAAGACGCCUCUUCACCAACUUCCACAGGCAGCUGUUUUGCUGGUUGGAUAAGUGGGUGGAUUUAAGCAUGGCCGAUAUCCGACGAAUGGAGGAAGAGACUCAGAGGGAGCUUGACGAGAUGCGCCAGAAAGGCACGGUGAGAGGGAUGACAGCCGGGGAUGAAUGAGCGCCCCCUGCUGCCUGGGCCAAGAAGUGACAAGGUAAAACUGAC